AUGGCCGGAAAAGGUGUGGAGAGCUGGUCGCGAUUCCUGCUCUUGUGGCUAUAUCGUUUUGCCCGCGGUCUGUCGCUGCUCUCCUCGAACUUGGAUAGGGAAAAGUUGCAGUUAAAGAAUCCAAAACGUGGCAGUAGCAAUCGUAUCCUUAGUAUCCUUUGGCGAUGCUUGAUUGUUCUGAUAUACGCAGGAGUAUGGCCAUUAUUAACCUCUUCCGUAACGGGGAAACGUGUGGAAAGCUAUGCUGAUCUCUUUGCCCUGGCUCAAUCUUUUUCGGUUUUCAUUUUGGCCAUUAUAUCGUUUAUAAUCCAGGCAAAGGAAGAGAACAAAUUCCGAGAGGUGUUAAAUAGAUAUUUAUCCUUGUACCAAAGGAUAUGCUCGAUUACACAUUUGCAGCAGCUUUUCCCAUCGAGAUUUGUGUUUUUCUUUUUGCUAAAACUAUUUUUCACCAUAUGUGGCUGUUGCCAUGAACUAAUACCUUUGCUACGAAGCGAACACUUUAAUAAUAUUGGCCAAAUAGUGGCUGUCGUUUUUGGCAUCUACAUGUGGCUUGGAACUCUGUGCGUCUUGGAUGCUUGCUUCCUGGGAUUUUUGGUCUCUGGAAUUCUGUACGAGCAUAUGGCUGAGAAUAUUAUAGCCAUGCUGAAGCGAAUGGAACCCAUAGAGUCAGAGGAGGAGGGAGUUCGCAUGAGUAAUUAUCGUCGGAUGCGUCUCCUUUGCGACUUUGCUGAUGAGCUGGAUGAAUGUGCCGCCAUCUACAGUGAACUCUAUGAAGUCACUAUCGCUUUUCGCAAAAUGCUGCAAUGGCAGAUCCUCUUCUAUGUUUACUAUAACUUUAUAAAUAUCUGCUUAAUGCUAUAUCAAUAUAUUCUACAAUAUCUGAAAGACGAUGAAGUGGCUUUGGUGUCUUUGGUCAUGGCUUCGGUUAAGUUGGCUAAUCUUGUUCUGCUAAUAAUGUGUGCUGAUUACACGGUGAGGGAGUCACAGAAGCCAAAGAAAUUGCCUCUGGAUAUAGUUUGCAGCGAUAUGGAUCAGCGCUGGGAUAAGAGUGUGGAAACUUUCCUUGGCCAAUUGCAAACUCAAAGAUUGGAGAUAAAAGUUUUGGGAUUUUUUCAUCUUAACAAUGAGUUUAUCUUGCUCAUACUAUCUGCUAUUAUAUCCUAUAUGUUUAUACUUAUACAGUUUGGCAUUACAGGUGGCUUUGAGGCCUCUGAUGAUAUUAAAAAUCAAUUUGAUUAAAGAUCUUAAUAACUCCAUUUAGUUUUUCUGAUAUAGAAGAUCUUAUAAACUAAAUAUGUAAACUAUUUCCUUAGUUUCUUCAACACCCUCGCUCUAUGGACUCUGAAUCUCUAACUAGUUAACCUC